AUGAGUCUUAUCUAUCACCUUGUUCUUGUUAAACGUUGGCAAGCAUGGCCUAAGAAUACGCCAUAUCUACCAGCUGAAUACGAAAAAGAUGGUUUCAUUCAUUGUACAGCUGGUGAUGAACUUUUGCUUAAAGUGGCUAAUCGAUUUUGUCGACAAAUCGAAGGUGAUUUUGUAUUACUGGUGAUCGAUACAACGAAAUUAUUGUCACCCGUCAAAUGGGAACACUAUUCAGAUGAAGUUCUUGAUUCGAUAUUUCCACACAUCUAUGGACCAAUUCAACCUGAUGCUAUUGUCGAAGUGCAUCAAAUGCAACGAACAGCCGAUGGAACAUUUGUUGGGUGGUCUAAAUCGUAA